AUGCACAAAGAAGCAACUACAUUGCAAGUUGCAGAACUACACCCUUCGUUUGCUGCAGAGGUACGGGGACUGGAUUUCUCAAGGGAUAUCUCCAGUGAGGUGUUCGCAGAAGUGUUAUCGAUAAUCGCAAAAUAUGGAGUCGUAAGGUUUCCACGUACAAGUCUCGACGACUCUGGACAUGUCGCUUUCGCAGCUCGGUUCGGCGAGCUCGACGACGUGAGUCCGUAUAACAAACAAGGCAAAGUCAACCGCCUCCCAUUUGAUCAGCUUUUCGAUGUUUCGAAUCUCAAUGAAGAUGGCUCCAUAGCGCCUCUGGAAUCCCAUCGCGCCUUGAUGAAUAAAGGCAAUGGGAUGUUCCAUGUGGACAGCUCCUUUAACCCACGUCGUGCUGGCUACAGUAUUCUGAAAGCCCAUGAAUUGCCUCCUGAGGGAACAGGAGGCGCUACGGAGUAUGCAGAUACACGGACAGCUUUUGACGAUCUUCCGGAGGAUCUAAAGGCAGAGUUGCUAGAGCAAGACUACAUUGCCUGUCACUCUCUGUACCAUUCACGGAAGACGGCCGCACCGGAGGCUCUACCAGGUAUUCGACCCGAAGAGCACUUUAUGAGUCGACAUCGUUUGGUGCAGAAACACGAAGCGAGUGGAAGGUGGAACUUGUAUAUUGCUUCCCAUGUGCAUCAUAUUGAAGGUGUGAGCUCGGAGAAGUCUAGAGAGCUGAUUGAGAGGCUAUAUGCACAUGCCUGURAGCGGAAGUAUGUCGUAGCGAUACCUUGGGUGGAUGCURGAGACAUGAUCUUAUGGGAUAAUACGUGCGUAAUGCACCGGAGUACUGGUGGAUCAUUUGACGGAAAGUACAAACGAGAUAUGAGGAGAGCGACUGUACAUGACGGAAGCAGUCAGGCAUGGGGACUAAACGAGCCGAGCGAGGAGAGGAUGGGAUACCCUUAA